GCCGGACCUUGCGUCCGCUGCGGGGGAGGGAUUCCGGGUCCCUGCAGGGAGCUCAGGCCCCAGCGCGCCCGCGAAGAGCUGCGCGGACCCCGGCCCCUUCCCCCGCAUCCCGGGCGCAGGAAGCCGGACCAGCGCGGGGAGCGCACGGCGAGCCCGCCCGAGGCCGCCCCUCCCGCCGCCCGGGGUCACGCGCCGCGCGGUCCCGCCCCGCCCCACAGCGCCUGGGCCGGGCUCCGAGCGAGCCGAGCCCCGCGCCCCGCGCCCCAUGGAGCAGCUGCUGCGCGCCGAGCUGCGCACCGCGACCCUGCGGGCCUUCGGCAGCCCCGGCGCCGGCUGCAUCUGCGAGGGCCGAGCCUACGACACGGACGCAGGCCCCGUGUUCGUCAAAGUCAACCGCAGGACGCAGGCCCGGCAGAUGUUUGAGGGGGAGGUGGCCAGCCUGGAGGCCCUCCGGAGCACGGGCCUGGUGCGGGUGCCGAGGCCCAUGAAGGUCAUCGACCUGCCGGGAGGUGGGGCUGCCUUUGUGAUGGAGCAUUUGAAGAUGAGGAGCUUGAGCAGUCAAGCAUCAAAACUUGGAGAGCAGAUGGCAGAUUUGCACCUUUACAACCAGAAACUCAGGGAGAAGUUGAAGGAGGAGGAGAACACAGUGGCUCCUUCAGGUCAAGGAUCUCUGUCAACAGGCCGAAGAGGUGAGGGUGCUGAGCCUCGGUAUGUGAACAAGUUCGGCUUCCACACGGUGACAUGCUGUGGCUUCAUCCCGCAGGUGAAUGAGUGGCAGGACGACUGGCCGACCUUUUUCGCCCGCCACCGGCUGCAGGCGCAGCUGGACCUCAUUGAGAAGGACUAUGCUGACCGAGAGGCACGAGAACUCUGGUCCCGGCUACAGGUGAAGAUCCCGGAUCUGUUUUGUGGCCUAGAGAUUGUCCCCGCGUUGCUCCACGGGGAUCUCUGGUCGGGAAACGUGGCUGAGGACGACGUGGGGCCCAUUAUUUACGACCCAUCUUCCUUCUAUGGCCAUUCGGAGUUUGAACUGGCAAUCGCCUUGAUGUUUGGGGGGUUCCCCAGAUCCUUCUUCACCGCCUACCACCGGAAGAUCCCCAAGGCUCCGGGCUUCGACCAGCGGCUGCUGCUCUACCAGCUGUUCAACUACCUGAACCACUGGAACCACUUCGGGCGGGAGUACAGGAGCCCUUCGCUGGGCACCAUGCGGAGGCUGCUCAAGUAGCGGCCCCUGCCCCUGCUCAUGCCCCUGCCCAUGCCCCUGCCCCCCUUCCUCCUGCCCCUGUCCCCGACCCCCGUAUCCUACCCCCAGCUCCGUCCCUCUGUCUCCGACCCCCGGUUCCGUCACCCCGUCCCUGCCCCCCAUCCCCGUCCCUUUGUCCCCGUCCCGCUUCCCCCUGACCCCUCCCAGAUCCUGGGGACCAAUAAAGCCCGCAGCGGGCCUCGGCUGGCG